AGUUCCUUGAACGCUUCAAGCGUUGCGACCAACCGGAGAGUUUUUAAAAAAAGGAAAGAAAAAAAAGGGGGAGACGGCGACUUGACAUCAAAACAUAAGGAUAUUGAUCGACGUCAUAAUCAAUAUUCUUGAUAUUUAAUCGUGCGUGGAGGAAGCGUUAAUAUCGAGGAAGAAUGUCCACGCCGUGAAUUUUGCUCCAAGUGACCGUCUUUCCUCCUAGCAACUAAGGUUAGCUUGGUGGCUAACUUGUCCUCUGUGGCUGAGUUCGGACCAUUCAUCGGGAUCAGAGUAUCCAUGGAAAUAUUUAUUCCUCAAACUGGAUGGAAAUCAAACGGAUGUGACAGUUAAAUCCUCGAUGUCUGAGCGUGCUGUUUUAUGGGUCAGCUGUUCGUCGAAGUGGCGGCGGUGGGACCAAACCUGAGCCAUUGUUCUGUCCUACCGGAUGAACAUGAGCUGGGUUCAUCUGGUAUUGUGGUGUGUCUGAAAGCAUAUUAAGAGGAAGCUCCUCUCCCGGUUAUGGAGGCUCGCUUUGGCAACAUUGUGUUCAGCUCCAAGUUCGACUCGGGUAACUUGGCCCGUGUGGAGAAGGUGAGGUGCGCACCUAACACCUAUAAUGAAAGCACUCCUGCCGGGGGUGCUGCAUCCAACGUCCCUGACUACGAGUUCAACGUGUGGACACAGCCAGACUGUGCUGGUACGGAGUAUGAGAAUGGAAACAGGUCAUGGUUCUACUUCAGCGUGCAUGGUACAGCACCAGGAAAACUGUUAAAGAUCAAUGUGAUGAACAUGAACAACCAGAGGAAGCUCUACAAUCAAGGCAUGGCGCCUCUCGUGAGGACUUUACCCGGAAAGAACAAAUGGGAGAGGAUCCGAGACAGACCCAUCACUGAUAUUGUACACAACCAGUUUCUCCUGUCCUUCACUCAUCAUCUGCUGGAUAUCCGAGGAGCCACUACCUUCUUUGCCUUUUGCUUCCCUUUCUCGUACGUCGAGUGCCAGGAGAUGCUGCAACGCUUGGAUGAGAGUCACCUUGAAGCUGCUGAGAAUGGACCCGCCAGCGCCCCAAGCGCGGUGUACUACAGGCGUGAGCUGCUGUGCCGCUCUCUGGAUGGUAACCGUGUGGACCUUCUCACUGUGACCAACUGCAGCGGCAUACGGGAAGAUCGUGAGCAUCGUCUGCCGCACCUCUUUCCCGACGUGGACAUGCCUCGACCUCAUCGCUUUGAUAACAAAAAAGUGUUCUUCCUGAGCAGCCGCGUGCACCCCGGAGAGACCCCGUCCUCUUUUGUUUUCAAUGGCUUCCUCGACUUCAUCCUGCGGGAAGACGACCCCCGAGCUCACAUGCUCAGAAACAUGUUUGUCUUCAAGCUUAUACCCAUGUUGAACCCGGAUGGCGUCGUCCGAGGCCAUUACAGGACUGACUCUAGAGGCGUGAACCUGAACAGGCAGUACCUGAAUCCCAGCCCUGAGUUGCACCCCUCAAUCUACGCCGCCAAAGCACUGCUUCAAUAUCACCACUUGCACAACCGCACAACGCAAAAGAAUGAGCAACGCAGCGUGCCCCUCACCCAAGCCCAGUCUCCUGACGUCCAAGUCCCUCAUCCUCACACCGAAUCAGCAGAUAAGCAUGAAAAUCCUGCUCUCACCCCUCUUGAAGUGAGCCUAAAUCAGCGCAACAUGGCAAAGGACGUCAUGGUAACAGAAGAAAAUGGCUGGACGGCGAAGGACGGCAUCAGUAGCUCGUCCAGCCCCUCCGAAAUUCCCGUAGCUACUGUUCCACCGCCAGAUGGGCCACCUCAGCUUCUGCAAGACAGAACAUUAACACUACCACAGGCAAAAGAAGAAGAGCAAGAAUCCAUUCCAACAAAGGAGGGAGGCGUUGCCUACUAUGUGGACUUGCACGGCCACGCCUCCAAGAGGGGCUGCUUCAUGUACGGAAACAAUCUACCUAAUGAGAGCCAGCAGGUGGAGAACAUGCUGUACCCGAGGCUGAUCGCCAUCAACUCGCAACACUUUGACUUCAUGGGUUGCAACUUCUCAGAGAAGAAUAUGUACGCGCGGGACAAGCGCGACGGUCAGUCAAAGGAAGGCAGCGGACGGGUCGCCAUUCACAAAGCCAUCGGAAUCCUGCACAGCUACACAUUAGAGUGUAACUACAAUACCGGAAAGGCUUUGAACCCCAUUCCAGCGGCGUGCCACGACAACGGGCGGGCGACGCCCCCACUCAUGCCGACGUUCCCGCUCAAAUACACACCAGAAAUCUUCGAACAGGUGGGGCGUGCCGUGGCUGUCUCAGCACUGGACAUGGCCGAGUGCAACCCGUGGCCACGCCUGAUUCUGUCUGAGCACAGCUGCCUGGGCAACUUGCGAGCGUGGGUUCUCAAGCAUGUCCGCAGCACCAAGGCCCUGAGUGCACACCUCAAUACCCAACCGCCGGCCAGGGCACAGAGUGGCAAAGCGUCACCACCCAAGACCUUCCUCACUGGUCUGAGCGGCACGCCACCCGAGGGAGCCUUCAGCCGGAUGCGCUGCAAUAGCCAGAGCAGCAGCAGCCUAACACCCUCACCUAAGAUGUCCAACUCACCCAGCUUUACCUUUGGGUGCUCGCGGGCGCAUUCGCAGAACAACGGGGGCGGUCGAGGCGGAGGCAACAAAUCUGCUGGGCCAUUGCGAGACUCCAAAACUGCAGAGAAGAAACGCCCGCCUGCUCACCAUCACCACCGUGCCGUCCUGCGUCCCCCCGGCAACAGCCACGCACCCAUACACAACUUUCCCCCUCCCUCACCUCCCCGUUCCUCCUCUUCCUCUUCGUCGUCUGUGUGCGCAGCAGUGGCGGUCUCCUCGAGCAUGGCAGCAGGCCUGGGCUGUGCAGACAUAAAGGCAAGUGUGGCGGCAGCCAGGUCCAAACCAGCUUUACCCGCACGUGCCGGUCGAAGUGGAAGAGGAAACCGAAACGUCGGCCAUCGCACCAUUACCGGGACUACUAAAGACAGCGGGCCUGAGCACAUCCUGGCCUCGGUCAAAUUUAGCAAGUGCGAGCUACAGCCGCACAUGGGCGUACGCGUUAGAAAGACUGGGACAUCUGACGGUCCCACGGCACGUCUCGUCAAAAGCCGCCCCAUAAUAAAAAUUCAAGCAGCUGACGAUGAGCGAAGCAAGCAGCAGACAUGUAAAUCCCUCAAAACCACCGCCAGAACCCAUGUUGUGAAAUGAGACCCCCUCGCGGCCUAGUACGGGAACUGCACAUUUCCUCAACAGACUACUGCAGAGUUGAUGUUAACUGACAUUUUUUCAUGUGCAGUGGCUUUCAUUAGACCUUUCGGUCUUUCGUAAUGAAUACGCAAGUUUGAAGUUACACGUUAAUGUGUCUGUGUACUGCAAUUGUUGUUGUUUAAGUGCCUUCACUACAUAAGUAUAAACGAGCGGAGAUAACACGCAUUUAAUAUCACAUUUCUGUAUCUUCACUAUACUUGUGCUUUUACCUCAUUACCAAACACUAGACUGUGAUACUUUCACUUAUACAAAUACAGUGGUACCUUGACUUAUAAGAUUUUUUCAAAUUAUGGGCUUUUCUCCCCGAGACACUCAACCACAAAAAAUGAUCAGAUAAGCAACUAACUGUGAUAUGAGCUUGGUCAAAUGUAUAAGUCUUGGUAUCAAUACAUAUGUAUAUAUAGUUGACUGUUGAGCACCUUGUUAAUGAACCUCAUUCCGUAAGAUGUUGCCUAUAUGAAAUUUUCACUUUAAUGCUGCUCCUUUAUACACAAUGGCUGUUGUUCAGAAGAUUGUCUUUGAGUAAUACUGCUGAAAAUGGUUGGGAAAAUGAGUUUUAAAUGUUUGCUUGAACCUCCCAUGAGCUGAUCAAGUUCAUGUGAUUUUUUUUUUCUCCUUCUGUGAUGAAACAUUUUCCAUGCAAUAGCCCCUGUGGACCAAUAAGUGUUGAAUAUUAUGCUAUAAAAGUAUUUUGUGACCUCCUUUUUGUUGGUUUU